UUCGUCUGUUUGCUUGAUUAUCAUGUCCUCGCAGUUCUAGCGCGCAAUAACUACCAGCAUUUCGCCCAGUUUCCGUGUUCCUUAUCCAGCCCGCAGAGAGGUAAACUGUAGCCGCCGCACACGUCCUGCAAGAGGCUGUGUCACAUUUUUUUAAAGCAAACAACUAUCAACCGUUCAACGCAUCGCAAUAAUGUCGUGCCUACUGGCCGCCAGAACGAUUGCAUCUCGCCUCAGUACGAACCGCCGGUACGGUACGGCGGCACUAGCAGCGGCAGCGGUGCGCAAUGAUCCCAAGCGCGAGAAAUUCGUCAUCGCUCUGGGAGAGAGUGACGAGGCGUACCUGAAAUAUUCGGAAAACCGCACCAGCAACACCAUCAGCCUGGAGCACACCUUUGUGCCCGAUGCCGGCAAGGGCAAAGGGUUGGGCAAACAGCUCGCCGAGGCGGCCUUCCAAUAUGCGAUCGAAAAACAGCUGAAGGUGAAGCUGGAGUGUGACUUUACGGUGAAGUAUUUCAAAGACAACGAGUCAAAGUACAAAGCUUACGUAACGGAAUGAGCACCAGGGCUUGCACUUGUAUGCAAACUCACGGCAAGCGCGAAUAAAGCGAAGAAAUGAUUUA